CUGCCAGCCAGCCCUGCCGUACGGUAGGUUCCCACGCAGCACAGAACUGCCCACGCAGCACACCCCACUGCGCCACUCGCGUCGCACGGAUCUCUCCUUCCCUCCAGGCUCCAGCUCCAAAGCCUCGUCGUCUUCUUCGCCCCGCCACCCGUCCUGCACACUCACAACUAGACAUCGUACCACCCAGGUGAUCUCGCGCGCCACUCCCUCCUUCCAUCCCUUAGCCCCAGCUUUACUCUCCCCUCCCGCGCCCAGAUCCCGAGGCUCCUACCCCUCGAUCGCCGCCUUCCAGCGGCCGAUCCGGCGCUGGCUCGCGGCCCCCGACAGGCACCCUACCCACCGACCGGAUCUAGCCGCCGCGUGGUUUUUGAAUUGAGCUCCCCUCGCGUCGCAUGGCGCUGGCGCGGGCCGCGCGGGUUCCUCUCUGGGCUGCUGCCGGAUCGACGGCGAUGCUAGGGUUUAGGUGUGGUUCGUGUCUAGUUAGCUGAGUGGCGCGUACGCGUUUCGUUUUGUCUUGGGGAGCCAAGCGUGGCCCGAAAUUUAUCUGGAGCAGGUGCAGCAGCCUUUUGGAGUGACGGGCUUUGAGAUUUCCAGUUUAGGGUUCGUUUUGGGUUGGUGGGAGCUCGGGUGUGUUAUGGCCAUUCUGUGCGUUAUAACUGACAUGCUUAUAAUUUCAAAAGUGUUUAGUUUGGUUAACUGCAGCUCAUGGGAGCUGGAGGGACCUCAUUCAGAUGAUCCGACAUUUACUGCAGUUUCUAUAUUCAUAGCAAGUAUUCGUGCCGUGAGAUCAUUUGUAUGUGGUUUAGGUCAAAGCUGUUUGUUUUUAAAACUAAAAAGCUUUAGGUACAAAUUCCAUGGCAGUCUUGUCUUGUGCAUGUGUAAGGUUUUGGGUGACUAUACAGUAUACACGUUUAGAAAAAAAUGUUUUCUGGGACUACCAUAUAGUUUUUAUGCUGUAUGGCGGAAGUGCCGAGUGUUAUAGUUGGUGUGAUAAAAUACUCUGCAAAAAUUGAUGAAAUUGAGCAUUAAUGAAGUUGUCUGUUUUGAUGUAGCAUAGAAAGUAAUUGACAGGAUUGCAUAUGAUCCACGCUAGUUUAUUCUGCGCUUUAAGUGAAUAGGGAUCAAGGAUAUCGUACACAACAGUUUUGCUUUAUGCUGGUUCAUUUGUCUACGGACAAUGGACUAGUUGCUGCACUGUUUCUGUGAUUCACCAUGGGAAGCAGUGGAGCAGAUACACCGUCUAAGGAGCAGCAGCCACCUGCUACCUCAGGUGCUGCAAUACCACCUGUUUAUCCAGAUUGGUCUAGCUUCCAGGCAUAUCCCCCAAUCCCACCACAUGGAUUCUUCCCCUCACCUGUGGCAUCAAGUCCACAGGGUCAUCCUUUCAUGUGGGGAGCUCAAGCUAUGAUUCCACCUUAUGGAACACCGCCACCAUAUGUCAUGUACCCCCCUGGAGUAUAUGCCCACCCAUCUAUGCCCCCGGGUGCACAUCCAUUUACUCCUUAUGCCAUUACUUCUCCAAAUGGCAAUGCUGAUGCUACUGGAACUACUGUUGCAGCUGGUAAUACUGAUGGCAAGCCCUCUGAAGGCAAAGAUAAAAGUCCAACAAAGCGAUCCAAAGGAAGUUUGGGCAGCUUGAACAUGCUUACUGGAAAGAAUCCCAGUGAACAUGGUAAGUCCUCAGGUGCAUCGGGUAAUGGAGUCACUUCUCAAAGUGGCGAAAGUGGCAGUGACAGUUCAAGCGAAGGGAGUGAAGGAAAUUCUCACAAUGAUUCACAUCACAAGGAAAGUGGACAGGAACACGAUGGGGAUGUUCGAAGUUCCCGGAAUGGUGUAUCACGUUUGCAAUCUGAGGGAAAAUUGAACCAAGCUAUGGCAAUCUUGCCCAUACCAUCAAGUGGCCCAGCAACUGAUCCAACUACAAACCUAAAUAUUGGGAUGGACUAUUGGGCCAACACAGCAAGCUCUGCUCCUGCAAUUCAUGGCAAAGCGACGUCAACAACAGUUCCAGGGGCUGUGGUCCCAGCAGAGCAGUGGACACAGGAUGAACAUGAACUCAAAAAGCAAAGAAGAAAGCAGUCCAAUAGGGAGUCUGCACGUAGAUCUAGGUUACGUAAACAGGCUGAAUGUGAGGAAUUGGCUCAACGUGCUGAUGUUUUAAAGCAGGAAAAUGCUUCACUUAGAGAUGAAGUAAACCGUAUCAGAAAAGAGUACGAGGAACUUCUAUCAAGGAAUAACUCACUAAAGGAAAAACUUGAAGGCAAACAACACAAAACUGAUGAGGCAGGACUUAACAACAAGCUGCAACAUUCUGGUGAUGACAGCCAGAAAAAAGGAAACUAAUGCUAUCAUGCAAUGCUUGCCUACAUUGGUCCUAACUAGAUUAUUGGGAGGUGCAAUUGUAGUAUGCACAUUAACUCCUUACUUUAUUGCAGUUAAUUGUUACCAGGUUGUGAUAAUGUUGAUGCCAACCUUUUGUGUGGGUGUUUCCUGUUUCAGAUCUAUCUUGGCUUAUCUUUUAGAAGCCAAGAUGUGACUGAAGCUAUAGGCUGUGACCCAAUUCACUAUAUCUGUUAGAAAUAGUGGAUAAAGUCAAACUUUCAAAUUUGAAGUGCUGACUAAUAUUGUUAUGUAUACCUGGCAAAAGACUGGUUUCCUUUUAAUUCAGUCUGGUUGAACAUUUUGCUGGGCUUUCACUACUGCCUAGUUUAUGUACAUUGUUGUUCAUAUCGGUUGUUCCUAGUUAUUUUUUGUAAUAAUUAACAAAUAGAUGAGGGACACUGUCUCAACCUCUGCACCAAUAUAUAUAUGGACACACACACACACACACACCUCUUUUUUGCGUCUAUUUUCUGUUUUACUUCAAAGUUUGCAGGUUUGUUUCAGCCCUGUUUGAUUGUGAGCCUUGGCGCUGGCGGUAUUUUUUUUAAGUUUAAAUGAUCCACCUGCUGUAGGUAAGUUUGGUUAAAAGACAUUCCUAUUUUUCUGUUUAGUGACACUGAUAUUAGUAAUCCUUUUUUUUCAUCCAUCUAUUUAAGUGUCAGCAGAAUCGUUUGUUAAACUUGCUUUCCUGAACUUGCUCUUGAUUCUGGUAAGUUUUUGGGCUCCUGGCACUUUACUUUUAUGAUCUUAUUUUGAUUUGCUUUUUACAGGAAAAUGGUUCUGGACUAUGUCUUAGAUGGGAAGCAUAGUUCAUUAGUAUGUCUGCCUUACAGGUUCUUAAGCAGGGAUCGUGGAAGAACCUGUGUUGGGAGGUGGUAGAGAAGAUGUGCCAAUGAUUGGUUUUUGGUCAAUGUCUUCUCUGGUGCCGCAGAAGUUGGAGCGGCAUAGCGAGUGCAUGUUGCCGCUUUUACUCUGUGUUGCUGUUUGCUUUAUGAUUCCUUUUAUUCCAUGGCACCUGAAUAACUCCCCCAAGUGGUAGAGAUCAGGACUUGUGAGCUCGAUGCCGGUGAAGUAGAACUUUUGACGCUUGAUGUUGGUUACGGUGAUCGUGUCACCCAAGUGGUGGGUGGGAACUGGGGACUAUGGUUCCAUUGGGAAGCCUGAUGAGGUAGUUGAACACGAGGGGCACAGUGAUGGAAUGCCUGGAUAGGAACUCCAGCACCUGGCUCAGAAAUGGACGUGACAGCAGCCUGUCGCUGGGCAUCAGGAAGGUGGUGUUACGGGGUAUCUUCUCCUGCACCAUUCUGAUGAGCAUGACGAAGGUGAAGUAGCGCACUCGCUGCAUCUCCUAUGCCAUGGUGGCAAUGCCACAGCUAACCAUCUUUGUGUAAGCAGGCGGCACACAUGUUUAAACUACAUGGACACCCUUAUUAUGAAAAUAAAAAUAUAGAAAAAACCCUCUACCUGGAUACUGUUUACAGUCUGAGCACAGUGACAGGCUUUUUUGUCUACUCUUCGACCAGUUCGGCUCUAUCUUAAGGUGCUGGCUGCAGAAAAUGAGCUUCAUGGCUUCAAUAACUAGCUGUAUGAUCUUCAGAUUCUUGGACUGUUGAACUGUUUAACGGCAGAUAUUAACAGUUGCAGCCUUACAGGUGCUUCGUCAAAUGUUGAGGCAUUGCUGCUUAAUAACUGUUUGGGGGAUAGAGUUUGGGUUAUACACUGUAGGUGAAUCUUCACGUUGAUACCACAAACAAUGUGUGGAAGUUUCAAAACCAUUAUCAUAUCAAGUGUGCAGUGAAUCUUAA